GGCCGCCAGCGCCCCCCGAAGCGGCGUGGAUGAUCCGCGACCUGAGCAAGAUGUACCCGCAGACCCGGCACCCGGCUCCGCACCAGCCAGCGCAGCCCUUUAAAUUCACCAUCUCCGAGUCCUGCGAUCGGAUUAAGGAGGAGUUCCAGUUCCUGCAGGCGCAGUACCACAGUUUAAAGCUAGAAUGUGAGAAGCUGGCCAGCGAGAAGACAGAGAUGCAGCGGCAUUAUGUCAUGUAUUAUGAGAUGUCCUAUGGGCUGAAUAUAGAAAUGCAUAAACAGGCAGAAAUUGUGAAGAGGCUGAACGCUAUAUGUGCACAAGUCAUUCCCUUCCUGUCCCAAGAGCACCAGCAACAAGUGGUGCAGGCUGUGGAGCGUGCCAAGCAAGUGACCAUGGCAGAACUGAACGCAAUCAUUGGGCAGCAACAACUCCAGGCCCAGCAUUUGUCACAUGGACAUGGUCUCCCUGUACCUCUGACUCCGCACCCUUCGGGCUUGCAGCCUCCAGCCAUCCCGCCCAUUGGCAGCAGUGCUGGCCUUCUGGCACUGUCUAGUGCGCUGGGAGGGCAGUCACACCUCCCAAUCAAGGAUGAAAAAAAGCACCAUGAUAAUGAUCACCAAAGAGACAGAGACUCCAUCAAGAGCUCUUCUGUAUCUCCCUCAGCCAGUUUCAGAACAGCAGAAAAGCACAGAAAUUCGACAGAUUAUUCUUCAGAGAGUAAAAAACAGAAAACAGAAGAGAAGGAAAUAGCAGCUCGUUAUGACAGUGAUGGUGAAAAGAGUGAUGACAACUUGGUAGUUGAUGUUUCCAAUGAGGAUCCUUCCUCUCCACGGGGGAGCCCAGCACACUCUCCAAGGGAGAAUGGCUUGGACAAGACUCGACUGCUGAAGAAAGAUGCGCCAAUUAGUCCAGCGUCUAUUGCAUCCUCCAGCAGUACUCCUUCCUCUAAAUCCAAAGAACUUAGCCUUAAUGAGAAAUCUACUACUCCUGUAUCUAAAUCAAAUACCCCAACUCCACGGACUGAUGCACCAACUCCAGGCAGCAACUCCACUCCCGGACUGAGGCCCGUGCCAGGCAAACCUCCAGGUGUGGACCCACUAGCUUCAGGUUUAAGGACACCUAUGGCAGUGCCGUGUCCCUAUCCAACUCCAUUUGGUAUUGUGCCACAUGCUGGUAUGAAUGGAGAACUGACCAGUCCUGGAGCUGCCUAUGCUGGUCUACACAACAUUUCCCCUCAGAUGAGUGCAGCGGCUGCAGCGGCUGCAGCAGCUGCAGCUUAUGGGAGAUCUCCAGUGGUUGGUUUUGAUCCACAUCAUCACAUGCGAGUCCCAGGCAUCCCUCCCAAUCUCACAGGCAUCCCUGGAGGAAAACCGGCAUACUCAUUUCAUGUAAGUGCAGAUGGCCAGAUGCAGCCUGUUCCUUUCCCUCCCGAUGCCCUCAUCGGUCCAGGAAUCCCUCGCCAUGCCCGUCAAAUCAACACUCUGAACCAUGGGGAAGUUGUGUGUGCAGUUACCAUCAGCAACCCCACGAGACAUGUGUACACGGGUGGCAAGGGGUGUGUCAAAGUCUGGGAUAUCAGCCACCCUGGCAACAAGAGCCCUGUCUCUCAGCUCGACUGCCUGAACAGAGAUAACUACAUCCGUUCCUGCAGAUUGCUCCCUGACGGCCGCACCCUGAUUGUUGGUGGAGAAGCCAGCACGUUAUCCAUUUGGGACCUGGCAGCUCCGACUCCACGCAUUAAAGCGGAGCUGACAUCUUCUGCUCCAGCUUGCUAUGCUCUAGCGAUCAGCCCCGAUUCCAAGGUCUGCUUCUCUUGCUGUAGUGAUGGGAAUAUUGCAGUGUGGGAUCUGCAUAACCAGACUUUGGUGAGACAAUUUCAGGGUCACACAGAUGGAGCCAGCUGCAUUGACAUUUCUAAUGAUGGAACCAAGCUUUGGACAGGAGGCUUGGACAACACGGUCAGAUCCUGGGACCUGAGAGAAGGGAGACAGCUACAGCAACAUGAUUUCACAUCACAGAUCUUCUCGCUGGGCUAUUGUCCAACUGGUGAAUGGUUGGCAGUAGGAAUGGAGAACAGUAAUGUCGAAGUGCUGCAUGUUACUAAACCGGACAAGUAUCAGCUACAUCUUCAUGAGAGCUGUGUGUUGUCACUCAAAUUUGCUCACUGUGGCAAAUGGUUUGUAAGCACUGGAAAAGAUAAUCUUCUUAAUGCCUGGAGAACACCUUAUGGAGCCAGUAUAUUCCAGUCCAAAGAAUCCUCAUCCGUGCUUAGCUGUGAUAUCUCUGUGGAUGACAAGUACAUUGUCACUGGCUCUGGGGACAAGAAAGCUACAGUCUAUGAAGUUAUUUAUUAGAGACAAAUCUAAACGCAGGCAGAACUCCUUCUCCUAGCACUUUGCUGUAUUUCUUUUUUUUUUUUUUUUUUUCUUUUUUUCCUUUUCUAAACUAAGAACUUAAAUGCUCAUCGCAGUUGUGGAAUUUAUUUUGACCUUCUUAAAUUGCUAUUGAUUUGUGAAUGCUCAUUAAGAAUUUGUGAUACCAAACUGUCAGAUAGCUAUUUGGGAGAAGAUUGAAUAAGCAUACUUAACAGUGAACCUGACUCUUUAAUUAUGUAUUAUAGCUGUAAUGUAUUUAUUUUGUGUAAAGAAGGCUUUCUAACAAUGAACUGACUAAAUAAAGCUGUCUGGCCCGGCUUUAGUUUAAAAGGUGCAUUGAAUACUUUGCUUUUUUGCUAGUGGAUAAAUUGGGGAUUUUGGAGAAGGAUGUUCAGGAGAUAGUGAAAGCUACACUAAAUAGGCUUGUAGUUUCUAUUUAAAAAAAAAAAAAAAAAAAAAAAAAAAAAAAGAAAAAAAACCAAAAAAAAAACUUUUUUAUAUUUUUUAGUCCUGUUCUUGGAUAAGACCUCUAAGUGUUAUUACAGUAUAAUUAUUUGGUGGGAAGAUGCUGUAACUUAACUAUUUUAGACAGUCUUGGAAACUUAGGAAAUUGCAAACUGUAGCCAGUAAUCUACAUGCCUGUGAUGAAUGGCAAAUUCAGUUCACAUCUAAAAUAAAUUCACUUUAAGUAAGAAUGUGCUAAUUUAUAUAUUUGCAAUGUUAAUAUAGCAUCCUGUGUACAGAUUUGUUCUCAAUGCUUUUUUGUUGAUGAACAUAAAGCAUUUUGGUGUCAAGCUAGGUUUUUUAAUAUAAACACCUCUCUUUGUUAUAUUGUAGAGAGUACAAUAAGUUGCCUCAAAGAAUCACCUUUGUAACUUCUGGAAACUUUUGCAACGUUUCCUUGAAAAUGGGGAUAUGUGUCUUUGGGCAAUUUUUCAAUUACAAGAGAUUAUGAAAAAUAUUUGAUAUGUUCUUUGGAAACUGCACUGAAAUAAAAAUGGAUGCCUACCAAUAUACAAACUACAAAAGCAAUGACCUCUAAGGUAGGAUUUACAAGAGCACUCAUUCUGACAUAUAAAAAGGAAUGGAUUCUCACUUGGGAAAAGGACUUGUUUUGUUUGCCAGCAGUUCAAUCCAAGUCUCAAUUGGAUGUCCCUAAAAUGGACGUAGACUGAGCCAUUGUGCCAGAGACAUGUUAUCUUUUUUUGUUGUUGUUGUUGCUGUUAAACUAUGAUCUGUGACUUUUUUUUUUUUUUUUUUUUUUUUUUUUUUUGAAUGCUUUAAAAGAAAUCUUUUAAGUCUGUGGAUCUGCUGAUGUACAGUGCCUUUGCUGCUAUGGAUCAAAAUCAAAAGACCCGUGUAGAUAAAUCUUAUUGUAUAAGUAGAAAAUUACUUAAUUUCGUACUAGAAAUGGAUUGAUGCUGCAAGUUAAAAUGGACUGUUCAUUGAAGUUCCAAAUGUGGUAGCAAAAAAUGGUGUCUUAAGUGCUUAGUGUUUGAUGUCAUUAACAGUUUCGUAAUAUUCUACAUUGUAGAAAGAUUUUGAUACUAAACUGUGUCAUUGUACAUAGUUCUAAUGCAUUGUAUUGACCACCAGUACUUCUAUAAUGGUAGAUUAUUGUUUGUGCAUUCAGACUUUUAAGCAUUAAACAUAAGUAACUUCUAAUAUGUAUUUUUCUAAGUCUUUCUUCACUCCCUUGUUCUUUUGUGUACAGUAAUCUCACUUAAGUAUGCAGAAUGCUACCUGUAAGGUGAACUGAUGAUCAGAGGGCGUGCCAGUGCAGAUACAUGCUGUCACUCAUAGACAAUGUCCUGUUUCACCACGUUUUUCCCAAUCAACAAAAUUAGUUAAUAUGUAAUUUUUCAGUCUGAGUGGCUCUCAGCAUUGGGAGGUAUCAACUCUUGAAGGCCCCAAGACUUCAGCCAUGUCACCUAGAAUUUGCCACUUCCCAUUUGUUUAGUUUCUCAUCUGAUACAAAGCGUUAUGUUAUUCCAUACCUCCAUGAGAAAGAAACUCAGAACAACUCCAGCUCCUGGGCCUGCUGAAGUUUGCAGAGUUCAGCAGAAUAUGGGUGAGGGAUGAUGUACUGGAAUACGACACCUGGAUUUUGUCAUUAAGGGAUGAAACCUCCUCCUACCCAUGCAAAGAUGUCUCUUGAGUACAAUAGGUUUUUUGUUAAGAACUCAACAGAGUUAGGCUGCAGGUUAACGUGAACAAUGGGAAGUAUUAGGGUAAGAAAAAUAAAGUGAAGUAGAAGAAAUGUUGUACACAGUUCAGUAGGGAGGAGGUUGUGCUAGUCGCAGUGGGAGAAAAGGAAAUGGAAAGUGGAUAUUGGAAUUAAAUAUUUCUCCCAUAGCUUGUAUUUAAAACUGAUGUGCAUGUUACAAACUCCUGGAGGUGUAAUCCUAUCAUGCUGUGAGGUCCAGUCCAUGCUAUCUGCUGUUUCAUAAAUUCCAGUUUUCGUUUCUCUGAAAUUCUAAAAGCUUAAGCUGAUCAGGUCAUUUAUCUGCACUGUGAGUGACUGGGAUCCUUGUCAGUGGAGAGGAGUGGAGGGAAAUGCUGUUACUUGUCCCUCAGAGCUCUCAGAUUCCUUACAGUAAACAGGGAAGAGGAGUUUUCCAGAUAUCCCCCAAAAUGUUGUAAGUUUUCACCCAAAUGGAGAUUCUCUGCUACUUAGUAUGCUAAUGCUUUGUGAAGAUGAAUUCUGUACAGAUGCUUUCUGUUAGUCAUUACUCUUGUCUGAAGAGAUGGAAUUUACCUGUUGUUAUGUAGGAGACAACUUUUAUUUUACCAUUCACAUAUUUUAAAGGCUAGGGUUAUACUCCAUUUACUAACAAAAGGAAAAGCACCUACUUAAUAUUUGUAGAAAAUAUUGUGUUCUUCAAGCAUAAGAAAUUACCUUAAACUCUUAAAAUAAAGCCUGCAUUUAAAAAGAAUAAAACACCGCAUAUCUUGAAUUUGUACCAGA